CGUCAGUACCCGGGAGUGGAGGUCGUAUUCCACGGUCGGCGACCCGCUGCCGUGUAUCCCACUGGUUGAAUCAACGAAAUGACGUUGAAUAACGUGGAAUAGAGGUUGAAUUGAAGUCUGUGCCUAUUGGGGUGACUCAGAAAGUACUGUACACCGUGACCCCCAUUUGCGCCGGAUUAUCUACGCGGUGCAUGGAUGCCUUCUCAUGUUCAAUUAGUGCUGGACAUUUACAGUAGCCUUCUAGGUGCAGCCCCGGCAGGCUAACCGGCGUAAUCAGCAGUCAUCAUUCGUUUUUGCUGGAAGUUGUGGAAGAAGUUUGAACGGAUAUUUUAAACAACAACUAAUGAAUAGCAGGCAUUGUACCACACUGUGGCGGUGAAAUAGGUCUUCACUUGUUUGCUGAACUAAACUGCUUCCGUUCAGCAUCAGACUACUAAAUACAACGAUAUAGCAUGUCUUUUUUCUACUACAGAAUCUAUGUAGUUCUAAUCCUGCUAUAAUGGUGAAACUUCAAAUAGACGGUGAUCAAUUCUUGAUGGGCUAUAUAGACUGACUGAAACUCGGUUAUUCUGGCAGUAGUGUGAGAAUACGGAAUUCCUUUUCCUCACUUGCAACACCAAACGGUGAUGUCGUCACACUGUCACUGGUUGAUGUUGUGCCUACAGAGAGCGCGACGUGCGAGCACAGUCUGUUCCAAAAUAAAUACGAUAUUGUGUUUUGCGUGUUGUAUUCAAAUAAGGUCUCUGACUGGACAUAUGAGGGCCAAUCAGAAGCCGUCGGAUCAUUACACCUUCUUUUUAGAAGUCAUUCAUAAUGCAGAUGCGUCAAACGUUUUACAAUGACCAGGGUAUAAAUAAGGCUGCGCGCAACGAGUAGUCAUUUUUCCAAAAUCAAAGGAAAGAAACUAAGGAACGGGAACGAAGGGUGUUUUUUCUAACUCUCCUUACCAUUGAUAAACUACUAUUCUUCCUUAUUCCAGACUCUCCUUAUACCAUGAGUGGAUUAUUUCACAGAAAUGUAUUGGUGGCAGCAGCGGUAUGCUGCUCUGUGCUGGUCCGGUCUGUCCUGGGGUCCCCGGUGUUAGCGCAAGAGCCGAUCCGAUGCGCCCCGUGCUCACCGGAGAAGCUGAGCGAGUGUCCAGCGGUGGCGCCCGGCUGUGCGGAGGUUCUGCGGGAGCCUGGUUGUGGAUGCUGCCUCGCUUGUGCCCUGAAGACGGGGGAUCUGUGCGGAAUCUACACGGCGCCAUGCGGGUCCGGACUGAGGUGCACCCCGAGACCCGGCGACCUCCGGCCGCUGCACUCCCUCACUCGUGGCCAGGCUGUAUGCACGGAGAUCGAGCCCGAGAGGAGCCCUGUGUCCCAAAACCCCGACCAAGGAGCGGCGGACAAUGCCGAGACAGAGAACGCUGCCAUGAUAUCAGACCCCGGCUCCAGCCUCUAUCUCCACGGCCACCGCAAGCCCUUCGAUCCCAGGGCCGCCGCGGACGCGCUGGAGAGCAUGAAAGCCAAAGUUAACGCAAUCCGAAAGAAAUUGGUGGAGCAGGGUCCCUGUCAUGUGGAGUUACAGAGAGCUCUGGAGAAGAUCGCUAAGUCACAACAGAAGCUAGGAGACAAACUGAUCAGGUUCUAUCUGCCAAACUGUGACAAACACGGACUCUACAAAGCCAAACAGUGUGAGUCAUCUCUUGAUGGACAGAAAGGCAGGUGUUGGUGUGUGUCCUUCUGGAACGGAAAGAAGAUUCUGGGAUCCACUGAUCUGGAGGGAAAUGCUGAGUGCGCUUAUGAGAUCAACCACUGAUGCAGAACACGCACGCAUGCACGUGCACACACACACACACACACACACACACACACACACACACACACACACUGAACCACUGAUUUCCUUUCGAUACCUGUUAUUUAUUCAUUGUAAAUGGUGGUGUUUGAUAUUCAGGUACACACUGUCAUUGUUAAUAUUUUCAUGCAUUUACUUUAACUCUACAGCCUUAUUUAUUUCACACUAUGUAUCUCUUCAUUUUGUUCUUUUUAUGUUAAGAAUAUUUAUAUCAUUUUGCCUUAUUGUUAUUAGUAUUGUUAUCAUUAUUAUUAUAUGUGUAUUUUUAUCAGUGUAUGAUGUGCACAUAUGUAUCUAUGCCCUAAGUUAGUCCAUAUUGCCGAGUUGAUCUCGCUCUGGUCUUUAGGAGUUUGUCUGCUGGUUUACUUUUUAAAACAAACCAAACAAGAACAAAAGCACUGUGUGACCAACAUGUCUUUUAGAAGGAUUUCUAAUUGUUAUUAUGUUACUUGUCAUUGUUUUUCAUGUUCAUUGCCAUGGUUUAUUUGUUGUGUUUUUUUUCUAAUAUGAUUCAUAGUUGAUGACCCUCAACUACAUCAGUGAAUACAGAAAACGACUAAUUUGGGCAUACUUACCUUCUAAGAAACUCAAUAUCCCAUGGUCCUGUGGGGUUUGCAGAAUUGCAUGAUGGGUAAUGCUCCUGUAUUGCCCCUGUUCUGACGGGUAUCUACCUUGACCUACCUCCUGGUGCUUGUUUGUCUCUGCUGACUGUCUGUCUUCAUUAUUUUGAUACAUCCUCCUGUCAAAGAGGACUUUCCCUUUACAAAGAGGACUUUUAUUUUACUUUACUGACUGGCAUCAUCGUUCUUUAUCUGACCAUGAACGCAUUAUGACCACAAAGAACAAAUUGUUGUCGUUUGACUGUGUGGUUUGACCAUGUUUGAUUUGUGAUGUGCGUGCUCUGUCUACAUGCUGCUGUUGGAGAGAGAGAGAAGGAAAGAGAGAGAGAGAGAUUGAAAGAGAGAGAGGAAGAAAGAGAGAGAAAGAAAGAAAGAGCAAGAAGGAAAAGAGAGAGAGAGAGAGAGAGAGAGAGAGAGAGAGAGAGAGAGAGAGAGAGAGAGAGAGAGAGAGAGAAAGAAAGAUGGCAUUUUAUUUCCAAAGUGACCGACUGCUCACUCAUGUGUAUGGACACUUUUGUAAUUAAGUUGUAUUGUAAAAAAAAAAGAAGGAAAAAAAAAAGGGGGAAUUUAAU